AUGGAAAGUUGGUGUGCUAAGUUUCCAUCCGAAAGUGACAGCUGUGAUAGCAUCACAUAUGAUGCCCAAACACAAACAGGAAACAGGAUCUUGGCAUAUGAUCGAGGGUUAUCAUCACUUGAUGACAAGGAUUGUGUUGCAAAACCUUCAGUAAGUGAGAGCAUCACUCAUGCCCUAACCUCUUCUACAAGUGAAAGCAGCAACUUUCCCCCUACUCCAUCAGCAAAUGAGGGCGACAACUUUGCUCCAACACCAUCAGCAAGUGCAAGCAACAAUUUUACCCCAACACCAUCAGCAAGUGAGAGCAUCACUUAUGCUCCAACCCCUUCAGCAAGUAAGAGCAACAACUUUCCCCCUACUCCAUCAGGAAGUGAGAGCAACAACUUUCCCCCUACUCCAUCAGGAAGUGAUAGCAACAACUUUGCUCCAACAUCAUCAGAAAGUGAGGGUGAUCACUUCAUCCCUACACCAUUAGCAACCAAGAGUAUACUAUGUGUUGCUGCAACAAAAGGAAGUGAGAACAACACACAAGACACUGCACCAAAGGCAGCUUUCAGAACGAUACUUGUUGCGAAACGAAAAGCAUCUGGCCACACCACAAAUGUCAUUUCAACAAAAUCAAGUGAGAAUAAUACAGAUAAAGCUUCACCCAAACCAGCAGUCAUCAAAAGUAUUUCUGUCAAAAGAAAAGCAGUUAUGGAAAGUUGGGGUGCCAAGUUUCCAACCGAAAGUGACAGCUGUGAUAGCAUCACAUAUGAUGCUCCAACACAAACAGGAAACAGGAACUUGGCAUAUAAUCGAGGGUUAUCAUCACUUGAUGACAGGGAUUGUGUUGCAGAACCUUCAACAAGUGUGAGCAAUACCUUUCCCACUACACCAUCCGGAAGUGAGGGCAAUAACUCACCCCCAACUCCAUCAGCAAGUGAUAGCAACAACUUUGCCUCUGCACCAUCAGCAAGUGUGAGCAAUACCUUUCCCUCUACACCAUCCGGAAGUGAGGGCAAUAACUCACCCCCAACACCAUCAGUAAGUGAGAGCAACAUCUUUGCCUCUUCACCAUCAGCAUGUGAGGGCAACAACUUUGCUCCAACACCGUCAGCAAGUAAGAGCCACAACUUUGACCCAGCACCAUCAGCAAGUGAGAGCAACAACUUUGCCUCUACACCAUCAGGAAGUGAGGGAAACAACUUUGCCCCAACAUCAUCAGCAAGUGAGAGCAACAACUUUGCCCCAACACCAUCAGCAAGUGAGGGCCACAACUCUGUCCCAACUCCAUCAGCAAGUGAGAGCCACAACUUUGCCCCAACAUCAUCAGCAAGUGAGGGCAACAACUCUGCUCCAACAUCAUCGUCAAAUGAGCACAAAUUUGCCAAAACAUCAUCAGGAAUUGAGGGUGACAACCUUAAUCCUACAUCAUCAGCAAGUGAGAGCAACAACUUUGCCCCAACUCCAUCAGCAAGUGAGAGCAACAAUUCUGCCCCAACUCCAUCAGCAAGUGAGAGCAACAACUUUGCUUCAACACCAUCAUCAAGUGAGGGCCACAACUUUGCCCCAACACCAUCAGCAAGUGAGAGCAACAACUCUGCCCCAACACCAUCAGCAAGUGAGAGCAACAACUUUGCCUCUACACCAUCAGCAAGUGAGAGCAACAAUUCUGCCCCAACUCCAUCAGCAAGUGAGAGCAACAACUUGGCUUCAACACCAUCAUCAAGUGGGGGCCACAACUUUGCCCCUGCUCCAUCAGGAAGUGAGAGCAACAACUUUAACUCAAAAUCAUCAGCAAGUGAGGGCAAUUUUGCACCAACAUCAUCAGCUUAUGGAGACAAAAACUUUGCCCCAACAUCAUCAGCAACUGAGGGCAACAAGUAUGCCAAUGCACCAUCAUCAAGUGAAGGCAGUGUCUUUGAAAGUGACAACACCACUCAAGACAGUGCCCCAAAAUUACAAACAGCUAUUCUUACUACACUUACCAACUCACACAGAGGGCUUUUCUCUUACAGAAACGUUUCUUUACCAACAUCAGCUGUCAACUACAGGUGUAUUGCCUUACAAAAAGCAGCUGUCAGCACCACAAGUACCACCUCACAAAAAGCAGCUGUCACUACCACCAUUAUUGCCUCACAAAAAGCAGCUAUCAGCACUACGGGUACCACCUCACAAAAAGCAGCUAUCAGCACAAGGACCACCUCACACAAAGCAACUGUCAGCACUACUGGUACCAACUCACAAAAAGCAGAAGUUCGCACCACGAGUACCAACUCACAAAAAGCAGAAGUUCGCACCACGAGUACCACCUCACAAAAAGCAGAAGUUAGGACCACAAGUACCACCUCACUAAAAGCAGAAGUUAGGACCACAAAUACCACCUCACUAAAAGCAGAAGUUAGGACCACAAGUACCACCUCACACAAAUCAGCAGUCAGCAGGGGAUGUGGUUCCUCGCACAAAUGUGAUGCCUUUCAAGAAACAGCUGUUGGCACUUCAUGUUCCACCAUACCAAAAGAUAUAUUUGAAGAAGUCCCCAUCACCCAUGCUGCCUCACCAAAAGCAGACACCAGCAGCAGUAGUUCUGAAAAUACAGCAAGUGACAGCAUUGCACAGGAGGAAUUGUGCAGGGGGGUUGCUGCUAGGAAAAAGACAAGCAUCCCCAAUCGGAUUCGCUGGGUAUGUACCCCAUUUUUAUGUAACUGUUUUUUUAACCAUGAUAAUGAUUUUGACAUUCUGUAUCUAUGAACUAUGCAUCACAUUUAUUUCAGGAAAGGAGGUAAGCCAUGAAAUAAGGUCACCAACA